AUGCAAUUCAAGACCCUCGUUCUCCCUGUUUUCGUCGCUACCGCGUCAGCCGGCUAUGUCCAAAUGUGCGGCCCUCAGGGAACAUGCACCGACACCGGUUCUGCCAACAGCAACACCUGUAUCGGCCCAGUUAAUGGCAAUGGAAAAUUCACCUUUCAGGCUCACGACAUGGGUUCUGUCAUGAUGUCCAUUUUCACAGAUAAAGGAUGCUGGGAUAACAAUGUUGCUACGUGUGAUGAUUGCACCAGUGUUAGCUACACUGGACAGGGUCCUGUCUGGGCUAUUUUCCAUUAG